AAAUAGAAAAUUCAAAGAAAACAUUAAAAGUUUCGAGAAAACAAGGAAUAUUUUAGUUAAAAUGGUUGUUCCUGUUCCAAAUCCAACGAAGGACUUAGUUCUUAAGCUUAUGGCUGAAAAGGAAGAAAUGGAAUCCAAGAUAACAGAGUAUGGUAAUAUAUUGGCAAAUAAUGCUAAUGUGGGGAUGGAUGGACCGUUGAUUGAUGCGGAAGGAUUUCCGCGGAAUGAUAUUGAUGUUUAUCAAGUGCGACAGGCGCGUCAACAAAUAAUUUGUCUUCAAAAUGAUUAUAAGGCACUGAUGAAAGAAAUCGAAAAGCAAAUGCAUAAAUUACACUCAGAGGCAGCUGAAGCUCAGACACAAGUACUGUCCAACAAUACAGCUAAUUUACAGUUGGAAGAUGAUACUGAUAUACCCAAUACCAGCACGUCGUCAGCAUCGAUGCCACCGCCAGUAGAAGUUAUUGUCAAAGUAAAUAUGAUAAGUCCUGGUUCACCGGCUGAAGAAGCUGGUUUGCGUGUGGAUGAUGAGAUAUUGGAAUUCGGUACAAUUAAUUCCAGAAACUUUCAGAAUGAUCUAAGUCAAAUUGGCGAUCUGGUGCGUCAUAUGCAAAAUAAAAGGGUUCCGUUGAAAGUACUACGUACGGGGCAACAUUUAGAUAUGAUACUUAUUCCUAAAACGUGGAGUGGUCGAGGUCUAUUGGGUUGUAAUAUCGUACUAGCAGAUUCUUAAAUAUUGCCGUAACAAGAACAUUUUUAUUUUGUUUUAUGAUUUUUGUAUAAAUUCUUCGGGAGCUUAAAUUGAUCUAAUUCAAUGAUCUACGUAUGACAUAGCUUACUGUGAAUUCGGUGAUUGACACUUUAAAUUAAUAUUAAAAUGAAAUAGAAAAUAUUUUUAGCAGCGAACAUUAAAAAAAAAACAAAUGUUUACUAUAGUUUGGCAAUAUUAUAUCUUACAAUAUUUUAUAUUAAAAACUGAUGAAGCUUAUUAGAUAAACACUUUUUUAUAAGAGAGCAUACUAUGGGUUAUAUGAAAGAGUUUUAUAUAAAAUAGAGUGUAAACGGAGGAGAAAUACAUUAAGUUAAAUAAAAAAUUCUUCUAAAUUGUUA